AACGAAAGCAAAGAAAUCUGGGGUUACUUUCUCAAGCUCGCCUAUUUCCUCUUCCGUUUCUACCUUUCUCUCUUCAACUGCAAACAUGGGUAAGCCUAUGGGAUUGCACACAGCUCGCAAGCUGAAAGACCAUCGUCGUGAACAAAGAUGGCACGACAAGGAUUACAAGAAAGCCCAUUUGGGAACAAGAUGGAAGGCUAAUCCUUUCCAGGGUUCAUCCCACGCCAAAGGCAUCGUGUUGGAAAAAGUUGGUGUUGAAGCCAAACAGCCUAACUCUGCUAUCAGGAAGUGUGUGAGAGUGCAGCUUAUCAAGAACGGCAAGAAAAUCACGGCAUUCGUACCCAACGAUGGCUGCUUGAACUUUAUUGAGGAAAACGAUGAAGUACUCGUUGCUGGUUUUGGACGUAAAGGUCAUGCUGUUGGUGAUAUUCCGGGUGUGCGUUUCAAGAUUGUCAAAGUGGCCAAUGUGUCUCUCCUGGCCUUGUUCAAGGGCAAGAAAGAGCGUCCCAGAUCUUAAAAUGUUAACAAAAUAAAAGUGAAGUGAAGUGAC